UCUUAAUGCAAAAAGGUCCCCUAAACAUGCUCUUUCUUUUUCUCCCUGAUAUUUAGGGUUUCCAUUUCUUGCUCAGUCCACAACCAGUGUCGUCUAGGUCGCAGCUCAGACUCAGUCAGAGAGUUUCUUCUCGUGCUUCGUCACUGUCGUCUAACUGUUUGCCACCGUGACAGUUGAAGAAAUUUGAAAAUUUUCUACUUUGUUGAAGAAGUUCAGGGGUGUAAGCAGCGUACUUAUGUUAUGUCUGGUUAAUGUGGAAGAAACUCUGAUCCUAUUUAUAUGUGUGUUUGCCCGUUUUACCCAAGUUCAUAAGGGUAUACAAAACCCUUGAGUUUGCCCGUUUUACCCAAGUUCAUAAGGGUAUAUAAAAAAUAGCUAAAACGGGGUCUCUGUGUUGUGUGGCCGCAAGGCCACAUGAAUCACAUACACCCAGUAGGGACUGGUCAAUGGGUCCAGAAGAGCCAUGCUGGAGAACUAAUACGAGCUUCUCACCACCCCCAUCAAGAUGGGAUUUCCGUUUCCAACCUGAAGAAUUACAGUACGGUUUUCAUGAUGGUAAUCAGCAAUAUGGGUCUUCUACUUCAUCAAACAGUAAAGGAAGUAGGGGCUGGGUGAGAGGCAACAAUCUCUAUAAUCAUCACUACUCGGUGUCUGAUGGUGCUGGGCUGUUUUUAAGUAGUCCAUCUGACCUUUCUCAAGGUCCUCAACGGACACCUCCAGCAAUACAGGAAAUCAGUGUAGAUGAUUAUGAAACUGCAAAAAAGAGAGGUCAAGCUUUGGGGCAUACAUCCAUUAGACCUACCAUGGAGGGAACCUCAGAAAUUCAAGAAAUGGGGGAUUCCACCUCGUCCCGUUCAGACGGUAGCGAGUCUGAACCCACAGUGAAGCCGUACCUAUCUUCCCAUCAUACAUAUCCAAGUCGGCGUUCGUUCAUGGCCAAACCUAUUCAUCCCUUGUCCUUUCCUGCACAAACACCGCCCAGAGAGGCUUCUGAUCUCACAGUUACUGGGUUUCUGGAGUAUGAUUCUGCCACUCCUCAAAGAGAUGGCCACCGCUGGAGUAGUGCCAGUAGCAGCAUUGAUUUUGCAGAUGUUUCUGAGUCAUUUGAGGCAGAGAUUUCUGGUCAACCUUGUAAUAAUGUGAAUGUGUCUGAUGGUUUUAGAUGUGGUUUGUGUGAAAGGUUUCUUUCACAGAGAUCGCCUUGGAGUUCUCGUCGGAUAGUGAGAAGUGGAGAUAUGCCAGUUACCGGUGUUCUUUCUUGCUCUCAUGUUUUCCAUGCAGAGUGCUUGGAGCAAACAACACCCAAGACACGAAAAAGCGACCCUCCCUGUCCCCUAUGUGCUAGACUUGAGGAGGAAAAUCUCCAAGACCAGCAAGGCUUCUCAAGAUUGCGGGCUGGUUUUCCAAGGCAUAGACCAAUAAGUGAUGAUGGAUCAUCCAGGCCUUGGGGUUGUGCACAGGUGGGAGAUUGCGUUGAAGGGGCUUUGCAUGCUCCUCCGCGCAAUAGUAUGCUGAUGCUUAACAGGAGUCGCAUAAAAAAAAACCUUUCUUUGAAAGGUAAUUUGGGCAAAGAGUUUCCAGGUAAGCUAAGAAAAAGUGGACCUCACUCUUUACAGCAUUUGAGUGGAAAGUCAGUUGAUCAGGGAAUGGUUGGAAGCUCAAAAUCGAAGAUGACAGCAGGCCCGAGUUUUAAAACCUGAAGAAAAUACAUCACAUAGCUAACUGGAAUCUGAAAAUUCUCCCAAAUGGCGAUCGUUGAAGUCUGCUAAUUGGUUGUAAGUCUCAGUAGAUCAUUAUAUAUCAGCCAUGUUUGGAAUUAUCGCCUUCAUUGUAUAGAUUCGAUCCUGCGCAGAUUGUGGGUUCAAACCCAUUUUAGUAGGCAACUGCGAUGUUUAACGUUGUUAUUGUUCCUCUGUAUUUUUGUUGUGAAUGAUUCUUCUUCCCCUUACGGAAAUGAAUAUCUUGUUUUGUCUGAA